GGAAGUCGGUUUGGGGCGAGUAAAAUUUUAAAUUUUUUGGUGGCGUCGUCGUCGUCGUCGUCAUCGUCGUAGGAAGUUGUUUGUUUGUGUUAACAAGAGCAGCGGAGGCGGCCGAAGCGAGUUAUAACACCGGUUAAUUUGUCGGGAGCGUCUUAAUUAAUCGGCGUAAAUGAUUACGAGCGCGUCGCGAGGUGUGGAGGAGGCAAGUGGUGUCGGCGCGGACGUAGACACUAACGACGUGGCCACGGACACAGCGAUGAAGUCGAAGACCUGCUCGCCACGUGGCAUUGCCCUUCCAUCCAAGUUCAAAGCCAUUGGUCAGAAACGCCCCUUUUACCAUGUGCCUGCCAAACGCAUGGACGUGACCAACAAGGCAAAGACCACGGAGGAGAUGGAGCUGGAGAAGAUUAAGCAGCUGCAACUGGAGCUUAAAAGGCACCGAGAGAUGGCCAAGAAAUCACUACGGAUGGUGCAGCAUAGCUCAGUGCACAUGCCUCUCAAGUCCACGUGCAUGCCCACUCUCCCAGUGGGUUUCAAUUUCCACACGGACGGAAGAAUUAAGCGGCACGCCAUGCAGCAUCCAUCGCUGGGAGCCACACAGAGCACAGACAAAACCCACCGACGUUCAAAAAACAGCAUUGCUGCGGCCAAGAGUUUGCAGCAAGUGAUGUCCAAUCGGCUGGCUGGAGGCUUGCCUGUGUUGAAGAGAAAACGUGAAGGGGAUGAUGCAGGUGUCGCCACCAACUCCUGCAUGUCUACACGGUUGAAGUCAAGGAUGACAGCACCACAGACAAGUGAGCCAAACGUGAAGAAACUGAAAACUGACGCCACCAGUCAACGAAAUGCACCGCGAAAAGUACAGUCGGUUCAACCUCUGGCCAAACGAGCUUGUGUGCGGAAAACCACAAACAGCAGAAGCACCAUGUCUCGGGGAGAGGAGAACGCCAGGCCAGCCCCUUCAACUCUGCACCCUGUGAUACCGGUGACGAAAGCCGGGCAGCCGGGUGGCUCUAGACCUCCGCCUCGUCCCCUUGGUCUGCACUGCUUGAACUGGGAGACAAAGAGUCGAGCAGGGCCUACGGGCAAGAGCGCGGCUAAGAUUGCACCAGCAGACAAGCUGCAGUCAAAGGUACACAAGGCCAACCCGGUACGACGGUACAAGAAAGUGGAGGUGAUGGGCAGUGACAAACCCCUUACCAGCCCAGUCUCUCCAAAAUUCUCUACUCGUUUCAACAAAUGAACAUUGUUUGCAUGUCACUGUAUAUAUAAGAAAGUUAGUAGUUUCGCGCGCGUGUGUGUGUGCGAGUCUCAUGCGGUACUUGCCUCCAAAAUGUAACGCCGUUUCUUUCCGGGACACGGAGAAAGGAAACCAUUACACAAUGUAACACAAUUUUUGUUCCUGGGUAGUGUUAGUUCGUAAUUGCUUAUGCCUCAAAAGUAUAUAAAAUGGCUGUUAUUCCCCACAAACUUUGCUUUUGUGACCAGGACAGUGAUAUUUUUAAAUUGACCUAUUUUCAAUAAGAAAACGGGCGAAUGUGUCUUUUAGUUCACAUAGUCAGAAAAAAACUAAACGACUCAAAAUUAACAUGUAUUUAUACUAAAGUAAUACAAAAAUGACUACGAAAGUAUUAGGAGUAGUUUUUCGUGAUUUACGAUUAUACUGUAAAUCACUUUUACGAAUCAGCCCCCAAAUGGAGUUUAUAACAUAAAAUUCCGAGCAACAAUUGUCCAUCUUACUUUGUUUUUUUUUGCAUUGCUAGCAGGUGAAAUGAGGUGCCCAGGGUUUGUCUUGAUCCUCGACAGGCAUGCCAAAAUGUGUCUUGUAGGCUUCACACAUCUUAGCAGAUGCUUCCACAGAGUACUUUUUUGCUCUCGUCUUGAUAAAUUGGCCGCAGACAUAGCAAAAUGCGUCUGCCAGAUGCUUGCAGCCUCUUGAUGCCAUCUCAGAAAAAUGCAGAUAUGAUCCUUAUGGCAGUACCCCAGGGUACCAAAUAAUACAAACUGGCCGAGGCAAUUAAAUAUUUUAUUUCUGGGACACCUUUUUCCAGGGGUGUACUUAACUUCGCGACUGGGGUACCAAUCAAUUUGAAAUCGGUGCCACUCCGCGAUGUUGAAACGCAGCGAGGACGAUUGCGCUGAAACCCUGAACGCUCGCGGUACGCACUUUGUGGGGCAUCGUGUACAGCUCGUCGAGAUGAGUCGAUUGCCGCAUCGCCGACCAUCAGCAGACUAAAAGUGACUAAAAGUGGACAUUAUGCGAGAGCCGGGGUACUAUGGUACCCCGAGGUACCGCCAUAAGGUUCAUAUAUAUCCACUUAGGCAGCUGGAACUAAACUGAACUGGUGGGCUUAACGCCCCUGUAUACUAUUUAUAUUACUGGAAAGUUCUAAAAUGUUCUAGAAGUUACUCGAAGUUUACUCGGCACUAAAUCUAUCUGGAAUGUUCAGGAAAAUGGGUACAUUUCAAAAUAUCACUGUCCUGGUCAUAAAAGCAACAUUUUCUGUGCUUUGAGGCAUAAGCAAUUAGGAAAUAACCCAGGAACCAAAAAUAUUGUUAGUGUUAUCAACCACAGGGGGGGAUUUUAUCCCAUUAAUUCACAAUUUUACAAAAAACUUAAACCUAUUUAAAUUGUAAUGUGUUAAUCAUUGUACAAUAAUAGUUGUAGUGAUUUUAUAAUGCUUUAUCUUGGUUUUUUUAAAAGUAAAUCCAUGCGAAACAUUUGGUAUUGUCCCCUCCCCCCAGAUAAUUCAGUGAUACCUUCUGAAUAGCCAAAAAGCUACGGUGAGCAAUGUGGAUCAAAGCCGAUGGCAAUAACGCGAUUUCUUAUCACGUUAAUUUGCCAUCAUUGGACUGACGUACGUAAGAAUAUUUAAAAUUGCAGAAUCCGGUGAGCUAUUAAGCUCUUUUUUUUACAGAUGUCCAGUAGGGGUGGGUAAGAAAGUUGUAAGUAUAAAAACAUGAUCGUGCAGGACACAAUGUUAAGCAGUCGCUUUACCUUCCAGAGUUUACGUUGACACUGCCCCAUCACAAGCUAUGUUUGAAAGUUGUAGCAGCAAUCGUCGAUUCAAAAUGACUGGAGAACCAAGGUCUCUGCAGUGGAACGAGACUGCAUCUCAUGUUCUUGGUUCUUUCGGUAAAGUCACGUAGAUGGAAACCAAAAAUUAAAAGCAAAAAAACCCACGACGUUUCGAUCGCAACACAAAGCGGUCUUCAGGUGGAGAGAAAAUAAGACUGAAUCUACCAAUUGACAAGACUUUGCAUUGACGCGAUGAUUGACCGUCUCUCUUCAUGGGAAGAGUUUUCAUUCCUCGCAUUACAGUGAUCAGCAACGAAUCCAGUCUUCCGUUCCAACUGCGAAGACCGUUCCCUGUUCAAGUUGUAUUUGCAAACAAUCAAAGCUCAAGGACGGUCCGUUCAUCAUUUGGGACUUUCUUUGCCGAAGCCAAUUUUUGCUUGUGGAAAGUUGUGACAUUGUCAAGGGUUACAUCAAGAUCUAAUGCCACCGCAUUGAUUGAAGACCUAAUUUGUUCAGAAGAGGAUGGAGUGUAUAGGAGAAAUGUUGUAGGUCGUGAUAAUACACUUCGCUUCAGUUUUCGAAUUGCAUUUGAUACAAUCUUUCUGCAUACUGUGACACAGAUCUCAUCGCUUACAUAUUCACGCAUGAACAACCUUAUCCAUUGGGUCCGGGUAACGCUCCACCCCCCAGCCAGUACUUGUACAUUUGUACUAUAUUGUAGCUCAGUUUCCUUAACAUUACAGCAAGCGGAAUUACAUGUACGAAAAUUAAGUUAACAUUUUUUAGCAGAUCAGUUAAUCUGCUGUUCGGUUAUUUAAAGCAAUUAUCCUUCAGCAUGUUUUAUUCAUUGUAUUUCAAUAACCAGCUCGGUAACCUUAAGAAUUAAGCAUUUAAUGAUAUGUAAUGAGUAGUUAAGUUUAGAUUUGUACCAUCUGUGCGUUUGUAUUCUGCAAUGAAAUUUAAAAUCAACUCUUGUAGUUGUCAAAUGGGACGUAACAUAGGUCAACGUUUAAAUGUUCAGAUUGACGUUAUAUUUUGAUUGAAAGGAUUUGAAACCAUGUAACUUUUGUGCUAUUCUGCAGUCUGCCUAUUAAGCUACUUGUACAUUUUUUUAAGCUGCAUUUUUCCAUGGGCAUGGUUGUAAACAAAAAUAAACCUAAUUUUACA